GCAACAGCCUCCAUCCUCACACACCCUCGCGCUCGCACGUGCUCCCCGCAUGCGGCCGCCCGUACUCAUAAAACACUCCGCUCCUCUGGUUUCUAAUGGUCCGACAUACUGCACGCUGCCUGGCACGCUGAUCGGGAGCGUAGAUGGUAGUAAAGCGGGACGGCGGCGGCGGCGGCUCGGCUGCAGCAGCUGCACUGGGACGCUGCUGUUUGCUUUGGUCUAGUGGUGCAUAAUCUGUGUGGGACCCGGUGUUAGGCCUGUGUGAGUGUCGCCUCCGUCAGAGUGUGAGGCCGACGGGCUCCCCAGUGGUUACGGGUCCAGGGAUUCCAUCCUCAGACCCGGUGCUAAGAAGGACUGGAAAAGACGAAGGCGCGUAGGGCGGCUGAAUAGCUGCAGCAGCUGGGAGCAGGGCCACGCCGGCGCCGAGGCGGCCAAGGGCAAGCAGCAGUCCGCCUUCGGACUGGGCGGAGGUGCAGCCAUGCGCUGCUCCACGCUGCUGGCCAUCCUCACGGGGGUGCUUCUCUACCUGGUGCUGGGCGCCGUGGUGUUCCGCGCGCUGGAGGCCCCGCGGGAGGAGGGCAAGCACAUGCAGCUGCAGGACACGCGCCGGGACUUCCUGCUGAACUUCACCUGCAUCGGCCCCGAAAACCUGAAGUUCCUAAUACAGGAGGUGAUGGAUGCAGCUGGAGCCGGCGUGGAUCCCACCAGCAACGAGACCUUCGUCAGCCAGUGGAAUCUGGCCAGUGCCUUCUUCUUCUCCGGGACGAUCAUCACAACCAUCGGCUUCGGGAACAUUUCUCCAAAGACGGAGGGAGGCCAGCUCUUCUGCAUUUUCUACGCUCUGGUGGGAAUCCCCAUGUUUGGCAUCCUCCUGGCUGGAGUUGGAGACCACCUGGGAACCGGGUUGAGGAAGAUGGUGGCCAAAAUAGAGAAUCUCUUCCUGAAGUGGCGCGUCAGUCCCACCAUCGUGCGAGUGAUCUCGGCCGUCCUCUCCAUCCUGCUCGGCUGCCUGCUCUUCGUUGCCGUGCCCAUUUUCGUCUUCCAAGAGGUGGAGGGAUGGAGUCUUUUGGAGUCGGCCUACUUCGUGGUGAUCACCCUGACAACAGUGGGGUUUGGAGACUAUGUGGCAGGGGACUCUGGAUAUGCUGGGAGCGACCACUGGUACAAGCCUCUGGUGUGGUUCUGGAUCCUGCUGGGUCUCGCCUACUUUGCAUCCAUCCUUACAAUGAUCGGCAACUGGCUCCGGGUUCUUUCUAAAAAGACCAGAGCUGAGAUGGAGGAACUGAGAGCCCACGCCACCGACUGGACUCAGAACAUCCAGAAUAUGUCGGUGAACGUCCGCAUUCCGGGAAAGAUCGACGACCCCUUCAAGCGGCGCCGGCGAAAGCGCCGCCACGCCUCCCACAGCCACGGCCACAGUGGGUCGGCCGCGGGGGGGCCUGAGGGGAAAGACGAGCAGGACGGGAGUCAGACAGAAUCCGGGUCCUCGUCCUCCUCCUCAUCCAACGAAUCGGGGUCCGGGUCCGAAACAGACUCUCAGGGCACUCAGACGGAUCGAGUGCCCGAGGAGAAAACUGCAGAACCCGAGAAGGACGAGGUUCCUCCAGACGCCCACCUCUCUCAGCCUCUCGAUUACUUCGGGGAGAACCUCGCCUUUAUUGACGAGUCCUCCGAUACGCAGAGCGUCAAGCUGCAUUUGGACCCUCUCCUGGAGGCGACACAGCCCGGCUCUCCAAACUCCCGUCAGGCAAAGCGGCGGCGACACCGGAGGCCCGUUCCACAGAGACGGCCCAGGAUCAGCUCCUCCAACCCCGAAAGGAAGACGCCCAACGGAAGCCCCAAACCAGUGCCAGAUCUCCCACUGAAGCCAUGAGAUUUGAGCCGGACACGGAGAGUUGCAUCUAGCGAGAUACGACAGAGGAGUUCCUAGUGUGGAAAUUAGUUUGUGUAUAUAUUACGAAUGCCUUAGACACUUGUGGUUUGCAAUUAAUGCUCUUAGCAUGCGAGUGUGUUACGCCUCAGUCGGAGAUCACGGAGGGAUCAUCUUUGACGUUGGCUGAGCAGCGACUGCUCUCUACUGGGCCACCACAGAAAUGCACUAGAGGAACCUCUGCCUUUAAUUCAUCCGACUAUUUCAAGAGAGAGGAGAGAGCAACCGGACGCCACAGCAGCGUUCUGGUCUGGGAGCGGUUUCUCUUAAAUCCUGCCAUCAGUUAAACGGGUACAAAGGAGGCUCCUGUAGGGUUUCGGUAUGUCACGAAACUUUUUAAAAUUAAUGCGUGCAACCUUAAUAUUUGCAUUUUGAUGAUUGAAUGCAUCCAUCCAUCCAACUGUACUGCAUAUCCAUAAUAAAGGUUUUUAAU